AUGGAUGCAUGUUACCACCUAAGGAACACAAUUCAAAGAUUCAUCGACGAGGGAAAAUUCGCGGAGUAUGUGCAGAUCCAACCUGCUAACACAGAGAUAGCCCCGAAGAAAAGGGUAGAGCUACCUCAAGACGGAAAAUACAUCAACAUGAUUACCUUCUCUUACGGAGAGCAAGAAGAUCUAUUCGAAGACAGCCUCGAUCUAGUAAGGAACAGAAAAAAUAUGGAAACACACGAAGUGUUUAAACUAAGUGGACCACCAACUACCACUUGGGAUGAAUGGAUGGCUACGCCAUUAACAUUCUCAACAAAAUACGUAAACCACGAAGUGGAGAUGCACAACGAUCCAUUGGUGAUCACCCUACCAAUCCACGGGUGGAAUGUUACAAAGGUUCUCAUCGAUGGGGGAAGCUCAUUAAACGUGUUAUUUUAUGAACCAUACUUACAUAUGGGACUAACAGCUGAGCAAAUGGAUUCAUCCACUUGCACAAUCUAUGGUUUCAAUGGAGCGGCUUCGAGACCAAUAGAAGAAAUUGUUUUACAGGUACGAGCAGGACCUUUGGUGACAAACACCAGAUUCUGUGUGGUAGACGCACCUUCACCAUAUAACGUCAUCAUGGGACGAUUAUGGGUGCAUCGUUUACGAGGAAUAACUUCAACAUAUCAUCAUUACCUUCGUUUCCCUACACCCAUGGGUGAAAUGGAGAUCAAAGGGGAUCAGCAGGAUGCAAGGCUAUGUAACUUAGCGGAGGUCAGACUUGAUAUAGAAAAAGAUGUUGCACAGCAAAACGGAAGAAAAAGACGAAAAGCAAACAACAAGGAGAUAACUGACGGAGCUUUCUUAGUUCGCGAAGCAUCCUCAGUACCAGAAACCAGCACAUCUGCAACGAGAAUUUUUUUGAUGGGGGCAUUUUUGGAUGGGGGCAUGGGGGAUAAAUAA